AUGCAGUCGGUGGGCAGUCUUUAUACAUGGUUCAAUCAGCAAUCCGAGAACCCUAUUCACAUCAAAUUAGAUAGGGUUCUUAUUAAUGAUGUUUGGUUGAAUGAGUUCCCUUCAACUUUUUGCUCCACUCAAAGUCCGUCUUCUUCGGACCAUUGUCCUCUUAUUGUCGACUCGGGUUUAGCUUCUUCUACUAAGCACAGAUUCCUCUUCAAAAACUACUGGACUGAUGUGGAUAAAUACUGGGACCUGCUUCUCAAUGCUAUCUCUAUUCCUAUUUAUGGUAAUCCUUUGUCUUCUCUCUGUAAGACUCUUAAGCAACUCAAAAGAGACAUUAAGUGUGAGUCUUGGGCUCACUCUUCUUUGGUUAAGGCUCAUCUGGACAAUCUGCACUCUAAACAAAAGGAAUGCUUGGCUCAGAUUCAACAAUGUCCUACUGAUUGCAUGCUAAACUCCACUCUUAAAGGCAUUAACAGUAAGAUUCAGAACUUCACUAAGCUUUUUACUUCUUGGACAAUUCAAAGGGCAAAGGUGAAAUGGCUUAAACAAGGGGAGGAAGACUUGAAAUUUCUUUAUUCUAGGAUCAAAAGUAGGCAAUGUUCAGGUAAAGCUGUGGUGAACAUGUUUUCUACUUUUCCUAAUACUGACAGGUCUGAGGUGAUUAAUGCUAUCAUACACCAUUUUCAAUCUUUGUAUAACCCUGCCCCUCCUCCUCUCUUUGAUGUGCAUUUAUUCCCCAUUGGUUCGGUUUUUCCUGCUUCUUUUUGCAACAUUAUUACUAAUCCUAUUUUAGAUGAUGAAAUUAAAAAAGCCGUGUUUUUGGGGUCUUCGUCCUCUUCUCCUGGUCCUGAUGGCUUUAAUUUCCACUUCUAUAAAACUGCUUGA